GAACUUCAGUCUUUCUUAGUGAGCGGCCAUGAAGAUCUUUCUCUAGAUCCACUUUAAUCUAUUAAUAAUUAAUACAUUGAUUCCUUUUGAUUUCCCAGACAAACUUGUUUCAAGAACACUUCAACCUCCGUUUCUACCCUUGCAUUUAUACUUUUAUAACUGUAUAGCAUAUGGGCCGCAUUUUUAUCCCGGAAUAGAUAAGGCCUCCGGUCUACUAUGGAUGAGGAGAGUGAGGAGGGGGGUCCUACCUCUAAAACCACUCUGUCUGGGGAACAUGGCUGCCAGAGCAAAGCUAAGAGCCCAGAGCAGCAGGAGAGAGCAAACUCCCCUGAACCCAGGCGUCUCUCCCUGAAGCGAAUACGUAACCUGUUCAGAAAAAAUAAGGCUAUUCAUAAACAAAGAGUCCAUCAGGAGAGAGCAGACUCCCCUGGACCCAGCUGCGUCUCCAUGAAGAGUGACCACUUUAUGGAACAACCUGUUAACUUUAAAGACGGAAGUCACCAAUCUUCUGAGGAAAGACAACACCAGGAGUGGGUAAUGGUUACCAGUGCUCAGUCUGAACAGCAGCCUCCAACAGAGCUGAUCAAGAGGGCUGAGGAGAACGCACACGCUUUUCUAGACAAGGAGCUGAAGAAGCUCUGGAGGGAUCUCUUCUCAGAUUACCCACAAUGCUCAGAGAGUCAGAGGGAGGAGGAGGUGGAUGGUGAGUACGAGGAGCAGAGGAGGCAUGCCGUCGAGGGAGUGUUGGACAUCACAAUGCUCUGCCUGAUGGAGAUGAACGAGAAGGGACUGGCUGACAAACUGUUGAGCGGAUCUGCUGCUGUCGAGUGCCAACAUAAAAUCAAGUCUCGUUUGAAGAAGAAGUUCAUGAAAGGUGUGUUUCAGGGAAUCGCUAUAGCAGGAAAAUCAGCACCUCUGAAUGACUUCUACACAGAGAUUUUCAUCACAGAGAGAGACAGUGGAGAGGUCAACAAGGAACAUGAGGUCAGACUGAUUGAAACAGCUUCCAGGAAACCAGUCAAGGAGGAAACACCAAUCAGAUGUGGCGACAUUUUUAAACCCUUACCUGGACAAGAUAAACAAAUCAGGACAAUAAUGACAACUGGAGUGGCCGGCGUUGGGAAAACCAUCUUAACAUACAAGUUCACUCUGGACUGGGCUAAAGGUGAAGCCAACCCUGACAUUCACUUCACAUUUCCCUUCACUUUCAGAGAGCUGAAUUUACUAAAAGGGAAAGAGUUUAGCUUGGUGGAACUUCUUCAUCACUUCUUUAUUGAGACCAAAGAAGCAGGAAUAUGCAGAUACGACCAGUUCCAAGUUGUCUUCAUUUUGGAUGGUCUGGAUGAGUGUCGACUUCCUCUGGACUUCCAGAACAACCCGAUAUGGACUGAUGUCACAAAGUCCACCAAGGUGGAAGUGCUCCUGACAAACCUCAUCAGUGGCAACCUGCUUCCCUCUGCUUGCAUCUGGAUAACCACACGCCCUGCGGCAGCCAAUCAGAUCCCUGCUGAGUGCGUUGACAUGGUGACAGAGGUGAGAGGGUUCACCGACCCACAGAAGGAGGAGUAUUUCAGUAAGAUAUUCAGAGACGAGAAGCUGGCCAAAACAAUCAUCGCCCACGUAAAGAAAUCACGCAGCCUCCACAUCAUGUGUCACAUCCCAGUCUUCUGUUGGAUCACUGCUACAGUUCUGGAGGACUUCUUCAAAACAUCCCAGAUAGGUGAAGAGACGCCCAAGACCUUGACUCAGAUGUACAGCCACUUCCUGAGGGUUCAGUCCAUACAAGGGGACAGGAAGUAUCGUUCAAUAGCUGAAACAGAUCAACACUGGAGUUCACAGAGCAGGGAGAUCAUUGUUUCUCUGGGAAAACUGGCUUUUAACCAGCUGGAGAGUGGCAACCUGAUCUUCUACGAGGAUGACCUGGCAGGGUGUAAAGAAUAUAUCAACGAAGCCUCAGUGUACUCAGGAGUGUGCACCCAGAUUUUUAAAGAGGAGUGUGGGCUGUACCAGGGCAAGGUGUUCUGCUUUGUCCAUCUGAGCGUCCAGGAGUUUCUGGCUGCCGUUUAUGUAUUUUGGUCCUUCAUCCACACUGGUGUCAAUCUGCUCUCAGAAGAACAACCAACCUCCAGGAAAGAUAUACUUUUCCUCUACACGAGUGCUGUGGACAAGGCCUUACAGAGUGAGAAUGGACACCUGGACUUGUUCCUCCGCUUCCUCCUGGGCCUUUCUCUGGAGACCAAUCAGAUUGUCCUACGAGGUCUUCUGGGACAGACACAAGGUAGAUCACUGUUCACUCAGAUCAAACAAGAUCUGAUGAGAAAGACAAGUAGCUCACAGACCAAAAAGGAAACCGUGUCUUACAUCAAGGAGAAGAUCGGUGGUAAACUUUCUCCAGAGAGAAGCAUCAAUCUGUUCCACUGUCUGAAUGAGUUGAACGACCGUUCUCUAGUGGAGGAGAUUCAACAGUUCCUGGCAUCAGGGAGUCUCUCCAUAAAAUCGCUCUCUCCUGCUCAGUGGUCAGCUCUGGUCUUCAUCUUACUGUCAUCAGAAGAGGAGCUGGACGUGUUUGACCUGAAGCAAUACUCUGCUACAGAGGAGGGUCUUCUGAGGCUGCUGCCAGUGGUCAAAGCCUCCAAAACUUCUCUGCUGGAUAGCUGUCAUCUGUCAGAGGGAUGCUGUGGAGCUCUGGCCUCAGUUCUCAGCUCCAACUCCUCUAGUCUGAGAGAGCUGGACCUGAGUACCAAUGAUCUGCAGGAUUCAGGAGUGAAGCUGCUCUCUGCUGGACUGGGGAGUCCACACUGUACACUGGAAACGCUCAGGCUAAAUGGCUGUCAUCUGUCAGAGAGAUGCUGUGAAGCUCUGGCCUCAGUUCUCAGAUCCAACUCCUCUAGUUUGAGAGAGCUGGACCUGAGUACCAAUGAUCUGCAGGAUACAGGAGUGAAGCUGCUCUCUGCUGGACUGGGGAGUCCACACUGUACACUGGAAACGCUCAGCUUGUCUGGCUGCCUGGUCACAGAGGAAGGCUGUGCUUCUCUGGCCUCAGCUCUGAGCUCCAACCCCUCCCAUCUGAGAGAGCUGGACCUGAGCUACAAUCACCCAGGAGACUCUGGAGCUGCGCUGCUCUCUGCUGGACUGGAAACUCUCAGUGUGGAGCACGGUGGAGUGUGGAGGCUGAAACCAGCUCUAAAGAAGUAUGCCUUUGAACUCACACUGGACCCAAACACAGCCUACAGACGACUCUCUCUCUCCGAGGACAACAGAAAGGUGGAGGUGUCUGGAUGGGAGCAGUCGUAUCCUGAUCACCCAGAGAGAUUUAAAUCCCAGUACCAGGUGUUGUGUAGAGAGGCUCUGACUGGCCGCUGUUACUGGGAGGUAGAGUGGAAAGGAGAAGUUCAGAUAGCAGUGACACACCGUGGAAUCUCAAGGAGAGGGUGGGGGGACAGCCUCUCAGGCAACAACAGGUCCUGGAGUCUUUAUUGUGAUGACGGUGAUUAUACUGCCUGGCACGACGAUAUUAAAACAGACAUACGUUUCCGCCCCGCUGGCUCUACCAGAGUAGGAGUGUAUCUGGACCGGCCUGCUGGCACUCUGUCCUUCUACAGAGUGUCCCCAGGUGAAGGAGGGUCCUCAAACACACUGACACUCCUCCACACCUUCCAGUCCACCUUCACCCAGGAGGACCUCCUCCCGGGGUUUAUGUUGUGUGGGUCCCCUUCACCCUUCACAGCUGGUUCCAAAGCUUCUCUUUGUAAGUUAUAGACUCUCGCUCAUCAUCUCCUCAUCUCUCGGUCUGAGGACACACGUGAACACUCACACACUUAUUGAAACACACACACACACAUGCAUGUAUAAACGGAUCCCAAACAAGCAAAGGGCGUCUCUUCUUCCCUCAACCAUCCCCUCACUACUCUUCCUUUGCCUUGUCUUGUUGAUUAUUGGGUGGUCAUCAUUGGAAUAUAUAGCCUACUAUAGAUGGUUUAAUUAUAUGUGUAUAUUUAAAUAGUAAGUCCCACAAGUAGGCUGUUGCUGUUGACAUGGUCAUGGUCACAUGACGGAGUGUUUCAUCCAGUGUUUUCUUUUGUUAAUUUAAUAGUCCGAUUGAUAAUUGUUGCAGUGUAUUAUUUUUUUUUACAUUUCGCACCCAUGUUUACAUGUUAUAAAAUUAAAAUAAACAUUGCCCUGAUGUACA